ACUUGCAUUGCACGCAGUGCAAACACACGGCACAUGGUAAAUAAUAAACAAGUGGUGGAGCUCUUUCCCGAUCCCAUACACACAUGCAUACCAUUUACGUUACUAGAGACGCCGAAGCAAGUCGCUAGGACCUGGCGCCGGAUGGCAAAAACAGGCUAAUCUACAUGUUUGUUUUGAUGAGUGGAUCUGAAGAGUUUCAAGCAUAUUGUGCAGAAUGUAGAUGACAGGGGAGGCAAAAUAUAUUUCUUUAGAAUCUUUUUUUCUACAUGGUCAGUCAAGACUGACUGACCAACAAACUGAGCAACUGGUGUAAGGACCAGUUGUCUAUUUGACCCUUCAUCAUCCCAAUGGGAAGUGGGUCCAGCAAUUCUCCAAAUACUUCACAGACGAUGCCGGAACCCACCCCGCAACCCAAGCGCGAGAAACGCGCUCGGGGGCGGGGGGACUUUGAAGAAGUGCAGCUAACAGAUCCAAACGCCCCAUCGGCGUCUCAAUUGGCUGAACCAAGACAGGACAAUGCUGCUUCAAGGAACAAACAAAAACAAGACAGAAAACCAAAGAAUGUGCCAAAUAGUGAAGGGAGUAAUGUGCAAUAUGGUGCGGGAAAUGGUGGUUCAGGGUACGCCACAGGGCUAGGGGCUGGAUACGAUGGGUUGCAGCAACAUGACCACAGUGGACCUCAAGACAUGUGGCAGUAUGGUUCCCAGGCAGUUCAGCAGCAACAGAGGGUCAUUGACUCGUUUCAGCAACAGGCACAACUGGUACCUCAACCUAACCAAAACCCGGAUGAAUUCCUCUCAAUGGCUCUGCAAUUGCAAGAAAUGGGUGAUGAGGACAUUGUCUUUGAGACUUUUCAUCAUAAUAAUGGAAAGAAAUACACCUGUAUCAAGCAAGGAGGGCAGAGACAUUACCUUGAUAGCUGGGAUACUCAGAACUGGCAGUCGUUUCCUAAUAAGUGGAUAAGUAAUGGAGUGUUCAUACGAGAUGGAGACCAAGGCUACUCUGAGCCCGCCUCCAAUCAGACAGCCAAUGCUGAUAGCGGAGGACACCAUCAUCAAGAAGAGAGCAGUGGAGCGGAGGUAUCAGGGGGUCUGAGUGGGACCAAUGAUGACAGAGCAGGGUCACUCAUGCACCCUACCAAGGGAACACUCCUCACAUAUAUAUUUGAGGAGAAGCGCAACAUUCACUGUUACUUUGAUGAUGAUUCUGGUAUGUGGGUGAAGAUGCCAGUCAGUUGGGAGCAGCAUACAGACUUUGUGAAGGGAUUGAUCAAACAAGUCAAGGAUCAAAGUCCAUCUUGGAAAGAUGGAUAUGACAUUGUAGCAGCUUUGAGGAAGAGUAACUAUGAUGUUGAUGAUACUGUCAUGACAUAUCUGACCGUGGGGGAUACUGGGUGUAUGGACACACCGGAUCGUCUCAAAGGCUUCGACAUGAAACUCAUCAAAGAAAAAGAUCAGAAAAUUGCUAUUCAGCAAGAGAAGUUGGCAAAAAUGCAUCGAAGCUAUGACAAAGUGAUGCAGAACAACAAGAAACUGAGGCAUGAAAACGACAAAAUGCAGAAACAGUUGGAUCAAUUGAGAGAGAAAGUAGCAAGCUUAGAGGUAGAGGCCAAGACUGCCAACCAUAAGCUCCAAGCUCUUCAGAAUGAGAGACCCAGAACAGCUCGGGCAAGGACAUCCUUAGCAUCUGAUCCUCCGGCCAUUGAGACAGCACCUUCUGAUUCAGCCCCUGAGGAGCCAGCAGGACCAGUGGGUCCUACUGUGGAUGAAGAGACUCUAAGGAAACUGGACAAAGAUGCUAAAGAACUAGAUAAAGCUAACUUGACUCUCAAGAAAGAGGUUCAGCAAGGGUUUAAUGAUAUGAUUGAGAUGAUGAAGGAGGCCUCAGCAGCACUCAAGAAGAUGAAGAGGAUGGAUUCAGGGAAUGUGAAGGAGUUGGAUGAACUUAGAGUGCUCUACAGGAAGGAAUGCUUGCAGAGGAAACUCCUUUACAACAAGUUACAAGAGCUACGAGGCAACAUCCGUGUGUUCUGUCGCGUCCGGUACGACUCGCGUACCGACUGCUGUCUGAAGUUUCCAUCGGAGAUAGAGAUAGAAGCUACCAAUCCUGCAGGAAAGAAGAUGCUCCAUUCCUUUGAUCAUGUCUUCUCUCCCACAUCAACACAAGAACAGGUCUUUGCCCAAGCCCUACCCAUCAUAACAUCCUGUGUAGAUGGAUACAAUGUGUGUAUCAUGGCGUAUGGACAGACGGGAUCAGGAAAGACCUUCACUAUGAUGGGUCCUAAAGACAACCCUGGAGUCAACGUACGUGCUAUCAAGGAACUCCUCAAGAUCUGCAGUGAGAGGGAUCAGGUCGAUUACACUCUCAAGGUAUCCAUGAUUGAGGUCUACAAUGAGCAGGUCCAAGACCUGUUGAAUACUGACCUAGAGAACAAGACCCCUCUCGAUAUCAAGAUGCAGGGUAAGAGACUAUACCUCCAGGGUUUGGUUGAGAAGAUAGUUUCAAAUGAAGGUGAUAUCACUUCCAUCAUGGAGAUGGGUGAUGCCAAUCGCUCGGUAGCUGCUACCAAGAUGAACUCCACCAGUUCUCGCUCUCAUCUUCUCCUGAUGCUGACUGUAGAGGGCACCGACAAGGUGUCCAAUGCUACAAGCUAUGGCUCGUUGAUCUUGGUUGAUCUGGCAGGGUCAGAGCGAAUAGCCAAGACGGGGGCUACAGGUCAGACGUUGGUAGAAGCUGCUGCUAUCAACAAGUCACUCACAUCAUUGGGUCAAGUUUUUACAGGUUUGCGGUCAGGAGCUCUUCAUGUGCCUUACAGGAACUCCAAAUUAACCCAUUUACUCCAGCCAUCUCUGAGUGGAGAUGCUAAGGCUUGUCUCUUUGUGAAUGCGAGUCCUAGUGAAAGCAAUGUUACAGAAACAAUCAGCGCAUUACAGUUUGGAUCUAAUGCAAGACAGGUUGCUCUGGGUCAAGCUACUAAGAACACAGGCAAGAACAACAAGAAGUAACUUCCAUGACAAUAAAAGCAGGAAAGGUCAGAAAGUUUCAUCGUGAUUUUUUUUUUUCAGUGUUAAAAAUUAUUGCUACAAAGAAUAAAUGCAAGAACAAAAAGAUAUUACUCUCUACUGCUGGAGCUGGAAAGAUUAGAAAAUUUGAUCAAUAAGAAGGAUAUAUGUAUAAAUAAUGUAGAAUCUUACUAGA